AUGGCGGGAAACACGGCGGCAUUGUUUGCGCUGCGCGAGGAGUUCAAGCUACCAGCGCUCGUCGCGUUCGCGGCGCACCUCGUCUACAUGCGGGUACUAGCUCUCGCCAUGCCUCACCUAUCAGCGAGUUGUUCUGAUCCUCCGUAUUUCCCUCCGAUCCUCCGUGUUUCUCUCCGACGCUCCGCAUUUCUCUCCGAUGCUCCCUGGAGCGCGCAUCACGAGCCGCAUCUUUCCUUCUUCCUUCCUCCCCCAUCUUCCUCCGCUUCCCCACCCCUUCCCCUCCCCCUCCUCUCCCCCCUCUCCCCUCCCCCCGUUUCCCCCCUAUUUCCCUUACCAACCCCCCCUCCUCCUCCCCCCACCUUUCUACUUCCACAGACUCUUAUCGGCAUCCGCGCGGCGCGCCUCAAGCACCGCAUUUUCGCACCCGCCAUGUCCGGCAAUCCCGACUUUGACCGCGUCAUCCGCGUGCAGGCCAACUUCGUCGAGCAAUACGUACGUGAUUGA